AUGACAUGAUCCCGGCCAGAUGAUUAAAAUUUUGUUCAUCGUUAAUGAUGUACCAAAACAUGUGGAAAACGAAAGACGAGGCAUGGCUACCAAUGUCCAUCGAUCAAGCGAGACAACACGAUCAACUUUUAUCCGUCAAAAGAACAGCAAAUUCUAUCAUCAAACCAAAAAAGGACUUCGAUCGGGACAUGGACCGAACCGUCGUUCUCCGAUCAAUUCCCACGUUCUUAAUCAUUUUUUAUCUGACAGAGAAAGGGCCGGCCGCAUUCUUAAUUAUCUGCGUCUCCUUAGUCCUUAACCAUACUAAUUUCAUCACCAACUCACAUCACUAGCUAGCAUACUCACAAUAUAUUGCCGCCAUGGAUGAGCCUAACAAGCAACGACAAGCUCCUCCUGCUAGUCUAUACUCUAUAGCGAGUUAGUGACAUACUAGUAGCAACGUAGCGAGAUAAGCAAGCAGGAAUCAAUGGCAGCCUCCGAUCAGGAGAGCAACGGCAGCGGCAGCGGCAGCGGGCGGCGGAGGUCAUCGACGCCGCUGGCGUUCGACGAGGUCCGGUGGGUGGUGCAGAUCCGGGAAUCCCUUCAGGAGGUCGACGCCGACGACGAGGACGACACGGGCAUCCCGGUCUCCAUCUUCAACGUGCCGAAGCAGCUUCAGGUGCACAAGCCCGAAGCCUACGUGCCCCAGCUCAUCGCGCUGGGGCCCUACCACCAUUGGCGGCCGGAGCUGUACGAGAUGGAGCGCUACAAGCUGGCCUCGGCGCGCCGCCUGCAGCGCCGCCUCUGCAGCACGACGCCGGGGGGACGUGGGCCGCUCAAGCUGGACGCGCUCGUGGCCCAGUUCGCGGCCCGCCUGGAGCGCAAGAUCCGGGCCCACUACCACCGCUACCUCGACCUCAGCGGCGAGACCCUCUCCUGGAUGAUGGCCGUCGACGGCGCGUUCCUCCUCGAGUUCUUGCAGAUCUAUGCAGCGGCCGAGGAUGGGGAUGGGCCGGUGCCGGCGCUGAGGAAGAGGGUGUCGUCGAGGAUGGCCCACCUGGUGGACUUCGCCGGGAGGAAGUCGGCCCAUGGGCUGAUCCUCCGGGACAUGGUGAUGCUGGAGAACCAGAUCCCGCUCUUCCUCCUCCGCCGGAUCCUCGAGCCGCAGUGCGCGUCGGCCGACGAGGCCGCCGCGCUGCUCGCCGCCAUGGUCACCGGAGUCAUGAAGGAGCUCUGCCCGUUCAAGAUGAUGGACACCUUCCCGGCGGCCGUCGACGUCUCCAAGCACGCCCAUCUCCUCGAGCUUCUCUACUACCUGCUCGUGCCCAAGCCGGCCGAGUCCACGCCGCACGAACACGAGCACGACGAAGGCUACGACAUCGAGGAGCAGUCGCCGGACGGGGAGGAGAAGAAGUCGCCGUCAUCCGGCUCCGGCGGUGGCAGCGGGGCCGAGCACGUGCAGCAGCUGUUCGCGGCGCUAUGGGCCAUGGCGUCGAAGCUGACGCGCGGCCCGCUACACUACAUCAUGAAGCCCAUCGCCUUCGCCGUCAAAGCCCCCUGGAAGAUGCUGGCCGUCGUCCCCGGCGUGUCGGGCGGCAUCAAGCACCCCGUCGAGUCCUUAUUCUCCACGCCGCCCCUAAUCGAGGAGAUCAUGGUGCCCUCGGUGACCGAGCUCAUCAACGCCGGCAUCCAGAUCGCGGCCACCACGGGCGACAUCGCCACGAUCACCUUCGACGCCAAAACAUCCACGCUGCAUCUCCCGGCGGUGACACUCGACGGCAGCACGGAGGUGACGAUCCGGAACCUGGUGGCGUACGAGUCGGCGGCGGCGACGGGGCCGCUGGUGCUGACACGGUACACGGAGCUGAUGAACGGCAUCAUCGACGCCGACGAGGACGUGUCCCUGCUGCGGGCGCGCGGGGUGGUGCUCAACCGGAUGAAGAGCGACGGGGAUGUCACCAGGCUCUGGAACGGCAUGAGCCGGUCCGUGAGGCUCACCAGGGUGGCCGCCAUUGACAAGGCCGUGGAGGAGAUGAACAAGUGCUAUGACGGGCGGUGGAGGGUGAAGGCGAAGCGGUUCAUGCGGCGGUACGUGUUCGGGUCCUGGCAGCUGCUCACGUUCCUCGCGGCCAUCUUGAUGCUGCUGCUCACCACGCUCCAGGCAUUCUGCUCCGUCUACACCUGCUCCAGGUGGUUCGGCGCCGUCACCGUCACAGCCGCCGCCGCGGAUUGAGUCGUAUGCUGCCUUGGUUGUUUCUUGAUCCGGCUACACGACAUGAUUUGCAUUGUUUGGUUUGGCUGCUCGCAAGUGUGUUUUUGGAUAGAGUGGUUGUACAUUUGAUGUUUUGUUUAUUUUGUGUGUGUGUGUGAGUGCUGGUCCAUGUAAGUGACACUUUAAUUAUAUAUACACUUGCAUAUGAGUGCCAUUGAUUUGACAACA